AUGCCCACACACGCGCACACACGUCUUCCGGAGUGGAGGAUCACGAGCUGGUGCAAUUGGGUCCGAAAGGUUAAAAGGGAGGAAGCAAGGGAGAAAGACAAAGUCACGGUCUGGGUCAGAAGACUCAAUGGCAGCGAGUUGGGGAGAAAGAUGGGGGGGAAAGACAGAGGCGCGUGGUCAUCCGCGUCGAGGGUUCGGCGGUUCCCCUUUGCGGUGAAACUAAGCAACGUCCAGCCUCAUAGCGUGUCUUUCUUCUUCCCUUCCACGCGUCGGCCGCUUUUCAACAUCCACUUUUAUUUACGGCGUUGUGGUUUCUCCGUGGAAGAGGAAAUAGUAACACUCUACACUGAAUGAUUGCCGUUUGGUCGUUUCAUAAUUGGGAGAUUGGUGUUUAAUUUGUCUACACGUGCAAUCCAGGUGUCUCUGCCAUUCUCGGGUUCCACUUCAUCGCGAUCUAAAGAAGAUGCAAGCA